AUGACAAUUUUCUUAUCAUCCACCAAGUAAUUGACAAUAAAAAAGCAAUUAAAAACACCUUCUUUUUUCCAGCGAACCUGAGAAUGAUACAAUAUCACAACUUGUUCUUCGACGUUUAUUUGAUGAUAAUUAUAAUAAAAAUACAGUACCUUUGAAAACAUCAGCGACUACUGUAUCGAUUGAAUUUGGAAUUCAGAAUAUUGCACAAGUUUCCGAAAUUUCAGCAAGUUUUACUUUGGAUUUAUUGUUCAGUCAAAUUUGGCAUGAUCCAAGACUCAGAUUCGAUCAUAUAACAACAUGUUUACAAAAUUUGACACUUGGAUAUUCGGUGAGUUUGGAAUCUGAUUAAAAAAUAUUUUUUUUUAACAUAGUUUCUUUCAGAUGGUUGAUAAAUUAUGGACACCAAAUGUAUGUUUUGUGAACUCAAAGAAAACCGAAAUUCAUUCAUCACCAACUCCCAAUAUAUUUCUAAUGAUUUAUCCGAAUGGAACUGUUUGGGUGAAUUAUCGAUUACAAGUUCAAAGUCCGUGUUUAGUUGAUCUUGUUUUAUUUCCAAUGGAUAUUAUGAAUUGUGAAUUGAUAAUUGAGAGUUAUGCAUAUAAUGCAGCAAAAGUGAAAUUAGAUUGGCGAGAAUGGGAACCUGUAUUUAGUAUAGCCAAAUCCAAAUUAUCAGAUUUCAAUCUUGCUGGAAUGCAUUGGACUAAAAAUAGUUUUGGAUAUGCAGCUGGACAAUGGGAUCAAUUAACUGUUUCUUUGAUAUUUUCAAGAUCUUAUGGAUUUUACAUUCUACAAAUGUAUAUUCCAACAUAUUCAAGUGUCUUCUUAUCUUUUGUUAGUUUUUGGAUUGAUUUGAAGGCUUUGCCAGCAAGAAUAACACUUGGUGUUAGUUCUUUGAUGGCAUUAACAUUUCAAUAUGGGAAUGUUGCCAAAAAUCUUCCGAAAGUUGGAUAUGUUAAAUCAAUUGAUGUAUAUAUGGUUUUAACAACUGCGUAAGUUGGGAGCGGUUUCGGGUGGAGGGUUCUGAAAAAGCGACAUCGGAAUUUGAAAAAUCGGGGCAAUUUUUCUUGAUCUUUAGUAUCUUCCUAAAUAUCUCCUAUUUUUCAGAUUUAUAUUUCUUACUAUGAUCGAAGUUGCUUUUGUUUGCUAUUUGGAAAGUGAAAAUAAUUUGAGAAAACGAGAAAGGCAAGCAGAAAAAAAGAAGGAGAGAAUUGCUGUGCUCCAAAAGUAAGUUUCUUUAAUUGUUUUCUUGAAAUUUUUCAAAUCUUCAGAAAACGCGACAAAAAGAAGAAUAACUACGGUGCAACAACAGUGACAAAUCCAAUGGUUGAGAAUGAUUUGCGAAAUAAUUAUGAUGAACCAUUUCAAAAUGGCGCUGCUCCAGUUCAUAAAAGUUCGAUAACUCGACAAGCUAAUAAUAUGUUUGAAUCAUUACAUGCUUUGGCAACUAUUGGAUUAUUGACUGAAGAAGAUGAUGAGCAAACUAAAUGGACUGCUCAAAAUGUCGAUAAGUUUUGUAGAAAAGCAUUUCCUCUUUCGUUUUGUUUAUUGAAUUUGAUUUAUUGGUGUUAUUAUUUGUUGCAAAAUUAUUAUGCGAAAAAUGAGGCAUUGAGACAAUUCACUCAAAAUCCGUAA